AAAGGGUGGUGCCGUUCGUAUGUUUGCUGUCUGAAAAAAAAAUAACACUGGCCAACUGUGCUUCCUCCGCUUUCCCCCCCCUCGUCAUUCCGCAACUCCAUCGCAACCUCAUCUCUAUCCGACCUGCCCGCUCUUCCUUCCUCCCCCCCUCACUCCUCUCCCACGCUUUUUCAAGGGCCUCAAUGCUCGGCGUUUAGCCGCACUAUCUGCCCGUCAGCUUCACAACCAUGCCGAUCCGUCCUCUCGAUGAAUGGACCGUGGGCCGUACCCAGUCCCUCCCUCUCUCCGCGCUAAAGGGCGCGGUCAUUGGUCUCGAUGCGUCGCACUACAUUCAACAACACCUGGUGAACCAGUCCACCCGGGAGGCCCUGCUCGGCGCUCUUGGCGGCUUUCCCUUCGCCUUGAAAGCCAACAUCGAAAAGGAGCUACAGACCUUCAAGAGUCUCGGUGUUGGAUGCAUCUUCGUCUUCAAUGGACUGGAUUUUGGCAAGAAAGAUGAGAAGCCUCGCAACCAGUCCGCCAUGGCACGCUCAUUCGAGCAGGCCUGGGAGCUCUACGAUCAGCAGCAAGCGGACCAAGUUGUGGAUGCCUUUAGCAAUGCCGGGACCCCACCCCCGGAAACCCUCUACAAGUUCCUGCAGCGAAUCCUCUCCCAAAAUGGAGUCUCAUUCAUGGUGGCGCCCUAUAGUGCCUGUGCGCAGCUCGCCUAUCUCGCCCGUGGCGCCAACCCCGUGAUCGAUGCCAUUUACGGGCCUUCCGAAACGCUUCUAUUUGACAUCGAGAAGCUUGUGACGCGCAUUGAAAUCGAGCCCGCCCAAUUCUCCUGGCUCACAAAGCAGACUCUCCUGGAAGAACUCGGCCGUCUAUCUAAUGAUCAAUUUCUAGAAUUCUGCCUGCUCCUCGGGUCACCAUUCCUGCGAUCAUUCCCGCUAUUCGAGAGUCCUGCCUUCCCCGGGAAGCUCCCUCUCGUCCGCGAUGCGCUGCCAAUGUUCAAUGCCGCCGGCCGAAGUGCCUUGGCCUUGUGUGCUCAGAUUGAAGAUGAGCGUCGUGUGCCCGAGCUCGACUACACGAAGCGAUACAAGCGCGCAUAUUUGGUUGUCAAACACCAUGUGAUCAUUGAUAUUGAGGGACGAGUUGGUCCCAUGGACCAGGAGCAUACCUCGUCGGACAUGCACGAGCUCAUCGGCCUGCGCCUCCCUGAGGAGCUGUACUUCUAUCUGUCCAAGGGUGUCCUUGGCCGAGAUAUUCCCAACUUCCUCACAUCGGGCGAGGUACGUCUCUCGCUCCCUCUGGGAACCGAGGACACUGAGGUAUACCGUCAACUUGUGGCCGAUACUUUGACUCCCAUUCGGGCACAGUCAAUUGGCCUCUUGGCCAAUUGCCUCCACAGAUUCUAUCAGACCAAAAUCAUCACCAUUAAACCUUGGUUUGAUGAAAACUCAGAAGAGAGGCAGAUCAACCUCAGGGAGCUCCCAUCAGUCAGAGAGACCGUUCAGGCUUGGAGGGUAUCCAGUGAUAAGUUCCCCGAAGACGUCAAGAAGUUGCAGGCGCCGCGGGGGUCCUUCAAGUUUGCCAUCCAGAGCUUGAACAACUCUGAAUUCGUGGCCAAGACAUUCGCGACGAGAGAGACUCCUAUCCUGUCAAAGCAAGAAGAUGUGUUGUCCAACGUUAUGUGGCGUUUCUUGCAGCUGCGUGGGUACGUCGACAACAAGCACAGACUGACUGCAUGGGGCAAGUGCCUAGAGCAAGCUCUCUCGGCGGUGGACCCUGCCGAUAAUCUGGAGGAUGCCAUUUUCAUUGCCAUCGAGAUGCUUCGGAUGAACCUUCUUAACACGAAACAUUGGUUCUCACAUGUUUCCGGCGGCCCGAUGAGAGGCUCGGAGGAGGACAAGACUUUCAAUAUGCUGGUAUCCCGUGUGGCAUGUAUCGCGAAGUUGCAACACAAGCCUAUCGGAUACUCCGGCCCUCUUAGCCGACAACUCCUUUGCUACCGUUCCCUCAUUUCCGAAGUUCGCACAGCAUUGAGGAAUCUCAUUGAGGUUGUGCUGGCGGGUUUGCUCCUGAGUGGUGAGGUUGAUCGAGACCGCAAUGACUGGGUUGAGCUAGGAAUUAAGCUUCCCUUUAUUGACGAUAAUGACUGCGGUCUCGGUAUCGCUGUCCGGACCUAUUUGGAUGAUCUCCCUCUGCAAGCGAACCCCACCUCGCCCGAGGCUCGGCAAGAGGUUAAAUCAAAGGGCAAGGAAUGGUUCCAGCAUAGCGAGAGCUUCACGGGAAAUCUGGAUUUAGCCUUUAAGCUGUGGGAUGCGGUUUACAAGGGUUCCCAGAACGCGGACGACCACGAGUUCAAGGAGGCAAAGCUUUGGGAUGAUGCUAACAAGUGGUUGGCGGAGAGGCGUUGAGAGAGUAGACGAUUCUGAUGUGAGAGCUACAUCAACUAUCGGAUGCAUCUUUAUGAAGGAGAAAUUUCGGGCCUUAUGUGUACGCGGGUCGCAAUUGAGUUUCAUGCCUAUGACAGCUCAACGUGCAGAAACUAUUUUCUACGUGAGCAUCAGAGGAUGUGACGUUGGCGAAUUUCUCUAUUUGUAUUACUACUUUAGUAAUAAGGAAACGAAGUAAAUAACCCCUGACGGAGAAUAAGGUAUAAACUCUUGUGUAAUAGUCAAGUAUGUCCAGU